UUUGAAGCGUUGCCGCGGAAACGUUCAACUUUGUGCCAUUCUGAAACUCCAGAUAGACAUGAUGAGUGUAAUGCCGGUUGUAGUCAACUUUCGUCGUCUUAUAGUGGAGAAAGAGCUGGACAGCACAGCCGUGGACGGGGUUCUAAACAGAGACCUGCUGCACGCAGUUGUGGCUUUGUACGAUCAGUCGUUGCCCGAUGUUACGUCAGACAUCAUUUACAGUCACGUGUGCCGUUCUGCAUCGAAGACUCUACUUUUCAUCCGUGACAAGGAAGGAGUAUUGCAAGAAGUUAUUAAGAAAGGUGCUACUGAGGUGACAGACAUCAAGCAGAAUGAUGUUACAGUUGGAACUUUAACCGGGAAUGGAGAUUUAUGUCAAGGAAGUAGUAAUGGCAAAGGCAUCAAUGAAGAUGAGAAACAAGAGAAUGGAUUUGAUAAUGAGGACCAAAAUGCAGAAAGUUCUGAUGAAGAACCAGGACUGUUUGAUGAUGUCUACAGUGACACAUGUGAGAGCAGUGAUGACAGCAAUGAAAGCACUGAAGAGGAGGAAGAUCUCUCUAUUGGUUCCAAAGAGUUUGUUGCAUCAGUAAAGCGGCGGCGUGCAUUAAGAAAUGCUGGAAAGUUUACUGAUGAUUGUGUUGGCAUCGAAUCUCGUUUGGCUGGAGCAGCAUCUAUUGAAAGGCUAGUUGGAAAGGAUGAGCAAGGAGUGUUGCAGCUUUCUUUGAUAGCAGUGCGGAAACGGUAUCGUCGAAGAGGUCUUGGUAGGCGGCUUCUUAAUAUGGUUAAAGAAACUUCAAUAUCGGGCAAUUGUAGCUCCAUAAUUGCUUAUGUUGACCAUGCUGCACUACAAUUCUUUCGUAAACAUGGAUUUACAGAUGACGUUAUCAUUAGUAGCAAAUUCAAACACAUAGCUGAGCACUGGGAGAACAGCACUUUUAUGUGUUACCUUCCUCCAUUCUCAGAUCUUAAAGCCAGCGGUACUAGUACAGCUGCACAAGAUGUUGCAGCAGUUUGUUUGCUUGAAAAUGAUAUCUCAGAAUGGAAGCAGAUGAAUUUGGAAGCACAACAGAAACUGGUUGUCAUGAUGGAGCGAACGAGGCAUCAACUGUUAGAAAUGUCUGUAAAGAUACGAACCCAAGAUGAGACGAUAUCACAGCUACAGCAACAAGUAAAUGAACUGGGUCAAGAAAAGGAGCAAUUGGCAAAGGAAUUAGAUGACUACAGACAGAUAUCUCAUUCUUCAUUUAAGUCAGCAGUUGCAGCAAUUUCUGAGCGUUUUCUAGAUUUGGCAAUACCAGACUCUAAAUGUGAUGGUACAAGAGAGAUGCACAACGAAGAAGUGGUUUAAUAUAAUUAAACAAGGCCAUGUUGAAGACAUGGUGAAUAUGUGAUGGAGACUUACACGUAUGCUGGAUUGUUUGAUUUGCAAGAGUUAUUUUGUGUAAAUAAGUAUUAAGUUUUCUUCUAUUUAAUGAACACUGCAGUCUUGCAUUCAUGAGUUUUUGUCAACACUAUAGGGAGUACUAUAGAGUGAAAUACAGAGAGGCAGGAAAACAGACAGUCAAACAGACAGACAAACAGACAGAUUGCUUUUCUACUCAGAAACUGUAGCCAAAUGACCAUGCAGUCUUGAUGUGCUUUCAGCACUGCGCUGAGGAUUGAAUAUCCAGGAAAGCUGAAAGUGCAGCGAGACCUGUCAGGAGGCUACUAAG